AUGAUCAAGACUCUAAUACUCUCAGCACUGCUGAACUCCACAGCAGCCAUGGGGGUUGUAGGCCUGUGGAGUGCAGGGAGUGUAAGAAAUGGGACAGCAGGUGGGGAGAGGUGCACCUGUGAUGCCUUCCUGCCCGGUCCAACUUUUCCUGUUGGUGAUUUGGUGGUGUUGGAGCAGACAGCUUUUGAUAUCUCACACAACCUGGAGCUGGAAAUGGGCAAGAUGCAGGAAUUUGAAAUUAAGAUCACAGUGUAUGCAGAAAAGAUCAAAAAGCUGACAGUGGAAAUCGAAACUAUGGAGAAGAAUCCUGAUGACUACAAUGAAGCCGACUUUGAAGAGAUAAAAGUGCAGAUUAAACAAGUGGAGGCUCUGAUUAUAGAGCUGCAGCUCUCCGUCAGUGCUUCGGUCGUUGUCUUUGAGUCCCUGCAUGUACAGAUCACUGUCAUGGUGGCGACCCUCGAAAGACUGGAGAAGAUCUAUGACAAGAAUUUAGUCCUUUCAACCCGCAGAGAGUACAUAAAGAUGCAGUUUCAGCUCGAGGAGUGUGAGAGACGCCACCAGGAGCUGUUCAACCCCAACAUCGGCUCUUGCGCUCACUCUGGUAUAAUCAGGGUCAGCAAGCCUGUGGUAAGCCAUCUGAAUGCCCAUCUAAGCAAGAACUACUUAUAUGGAGGCUGGGGUAAAGAUUCAAAUCCUAUUCCUGACAGAGAGUCUAUGUAUUGGUACUCCGGUUACAACACUGCUUCCAUUACGGAGAUCAGGUUCUACACCAACUACAAGAACCUCAUUCUGGGAACCCCCUUUCUGCAUCACAGCCUGCCCAGCAAUUGGUACGGCCAAGGAAACAACUUUGUAGUCCGCGAUAACACCCUGUAUUAUCAGAUAAAUAGCCCGUUCGGACUGGGCAAACUCAAUUUCACCACCAUGAAAUAUGAAUCCAGGGUGGUUGCCAAGGCCUCAUCCCAGUUCUCAUACGCCAACUCCGCCAAUCAGAACUUUGACUUUGCUGCAGAUGAAACAGGCUUGUGGGUGACCUACGCUACAGAAGAGUCCGGGGGUCGGAUAGUCAUUGCUAGAAUAAACGAGCCGUCCUUUGGGAUUGAGGACCAAUGGGAGACCAGUGUUUAUAAACCAGGUGUUACUAAUGCCUUUAUGAUCUGUGGUGUUUUUUACGCAGUUAGGACAGUGGACACCUUAACUGAAGAGAUAUUUUACAAAUACGACACCAAAACCAAACAGGAGGAGUACAUUAGUAUUCCCUUUGACAGGUUUCAGGGUGAGUAUUCCAACCUGGAUUACAAUCCCACUGACCAGAAGCUCUACAUGUACAACGAUGGUUAUUAUGUGAGCUACCAUCUCUGGUUUAACCACACAGUUAAAGCGACUGCGGCACCGUCUGUUUUACUGGUGACUUAAAUAAAUGUCUCUCCUUGAUAGAGGUAUCUGAUAUCAAUCAUUAAUAAUAUGUUUAAUGAAUUAAUGAUUUUCUUUGUCUCCUUUUUCUUGUACCCCAUCGUUUCCUGACUGUUAAUAAAUGACUUGAAGCAUCCUAA